AUGCCGACCUGCGAAACUUUGAAUAUUUCCAUUCAUCGAGGCGCUAAGAAACACCAAGACUUGGCGCGAAAGCCUCGGUUUGUUAAUCCGUUUAUACUGGCAUGCCAUACUCGCCAUGCGAAGCUCGCCGGCAUAGGGGUUGUUUGCCUGCAACGGCUUGUUGCUUCUAGAUCUUUGCCGCCUGAACGGUUGAAGGAUGUCCUAGGUGGACUGAAGGAAAUCACAAAUUUGACCCUGGAUAUCCAGUUGAAGAUUCUGCAGACCCUGCCAUCUUUAUUACAGCAUUAUUCUAAUGACUUGGGUGGUGAACUCCUUGUAACGACACUCGAGAUAUGCGCCACUCUACAGUCGAGCAAGACCCUCGCGGUCUCGAGUACGGCGGCUGCUACACUCCAGCAGCUCGUUGUCUCCACCUUCGAGCGGGUAUCAAUGGAAGACAGUAAGUCUCGUGUUUUUAGACGCAUAAUAUCCUCGUUGUCUCCAGCAUUUACUUUGGAACUCAUCGAAAGCGUUCUCCUUAACAGUGGCCAACUAUUUGUUGACCAUCCUGAACUCACGCAAGUGCUACGGGCCCGCCUGAUUCCCAUGACCGUUAGGUAUCUCUCGGAAAGGCAUAGCUUUCCCCAGACAGUCCGGAUCGCGAGAAUUCUUCUUAUUCUUCUCAAACGGUAUCUAUCACUAAUCACUGCAGAGUGUGAAAUGGCCCUGGUCCUCUUGAUACAUUUACUUGAGCCUGAUGGAACGGCCUCAUGGAAACGGGUGCUUUGUAUGGAGAUGUUUCGAGGGUUAUACGCCGAACCAGGGCUCGUCAGGAUCAUCUAUUCGUUAUAUGAUAAAGUGGAAGGGCGGAAGAAUAUCCUUCGAGACCAUAUGGCUUCUCUUGUUCGAUUAGCAGCUGAGAAACCCUCUUUGAUUGGCGUGAGCAGCCGCUCAACAGCACCGUCAAGUGCAGAGCACUCAAGAUCCAUCACCGAAGAGCAAAUAACUCUUGAAGUUGGAGGGGUUGCAGGAGUCAUUGGAACAACCGUUCCGUCCAAUGAUACUAAUAUGCCGGGUAUCAGCAAUCAAUGGAGCAUAGUUCGCUCACCCUACCUAGAGCUGCUCGAUAAAAUCGAACCUCCACUGCCACCUGACACAUACAUAUACAGCUUGGUGCUAAACUGCGUAAGCGCCUUUGCUGAAGGACUCGCCAAGUUUAUACUUCCACUUACAGUGCCUGACCUGAAACCGAAACGGAAAAGCCGUAUUGCUGGGGAGCGAAAUGGGGGCUCUACCGCGUCAUCGCCCGAUUUGCACAGGGAGAAUUCUCUCAAACGGUCGAAAUCGACUAAACGAUUCCCUGUCCCUAUCAACCCCCUCGAGUUGGAAUCUCACCCUCAGCUCUCGGCGAUCCAGGCCUGUGCCGGGAUAGUUGAAGAUUGUUGGCCGGCUGUGCUCGCCACGUGUUCAACCUUUCUAUAUGCAUCAUUAGACGAUGACUUUUACCACAACCUCGUCCGUUCAUUCCAGAAGCUAACCCACGUUGCUGGUCUUCUUCGGCUCUCCACGCCUCGAGACGCUUUCCUGACCACUCUUGGGAAGGCCUCUAUGCCGGCUGACACGAACGUUGCUAAGCCCAUGAGCCCGGUAGCAACACAGGGCACUCAACAAAACAACCCUAUGGAACAAAAACAUAAAGGCAAGGACGUCUCUUAUAGUACCCCCCAAACACUGGAGGGGCCGUUAGCGACGAUGGGUGACCAAGCCUUGUCUCUCAGCACAAGGAAUCUUCUUUGCCUACGUGCACUUCUCAAUUUAGGGAUUGCUCUCGGUCCGACUCUUGAUCAACCUGCUUGGUCAAUUGUCCUUGGUACCCUUCAGGAUACUGACUUGCUGGUUAAUAAAUCUUUGACAAAGACGCAAAGUUCAGCUGGUGGCACUGGGGAAGUCGUAGGUGUGGCUAAAGGAAGCGGACCUCAGGGAAACCUGGGAACUGAAAUUAUGGCCGUGCACUCCGCUUCUUCUAAACUGUUUGAGAGCACUACCGAUUUCCCAGUAAACACUUUCCGCGACUUCCUGGUUGCGCUCUUGGACCUCUCUGCGACCACUGAGGAGGCAGCAGCAGCAGCAGCAGCAGCAGCAUCUGAGACUUCUGAAAUGACUGGAGGGCGAACGCACUUGCACCCAAGCUCCGGUCGUAUGCGCCGGUCAUCUCAUAACGACCAGAGUGCCUGGCAGCUUCUGACAGACCGGCUGAUGGCGACUGCUGCUAACGGAGAGAUCAAUCAAGAUCUCCGCCUACGGGCGAAUGAAGUCCUCAAUGGCCUAGUUUUUGAGACCAUGAAGCAGAAAGAUAAUGAAAGCGACGCAGACAGAGAUGUGCGGCAGUUGAGAAACUUGGAGACGCUUCAGUCUCAGGUCAAUCUGCUUUACGAAAGCACUGGAUGCAAGUUAGGAUCACCAUCAACUUCGAUAGCGGAUGUUCACGAACAAAGUUUGGAAACUUUGAAGAACAUCUUGGAGCAAUAUGCUGAGACCUUCGUUCAGUGCUGGACGGCUGUUUUUGGUCUCAUCUCCAGCGUAUUCGGCGAGCAUGCAGCGAAAGAGUGCCAAAACAGCUCAAAAGACGUCGAAGGGGGCAAACGGGUGCUAAUAGCCGACUCUCCUCGACUGAUACAAGUGGCAUACAAAAGUCUGCAACUCAUAGCUUCCGACUUUCUCUCGCAGCUACCACCUCCCUGUCGCCUUCAUCUUGUGGAGUCCCUAUCCAAAUUCGCUCUGCAACAACAAGUUUUCAAUAUCUCGCUUACCACAACGUCAUCCUUCUGGAAUGUCUCUGACUUUCUUCACGAUCAGACUGGGCACUUCUCGCUUGAAAUCUAUGUAGAACUAGCUGUUAGCGAGGAAGAGCUGGUUGCGUUAGCUAAAACGGGUGGCCCUCCUGCUUCAAGCAAUGCACUCUGGUUACUACUCCUCUUGCGAAUUGUGGACAUCACGACGGAUAGCAGGUCAGAAGUCAGGAAUUGUGCGAUUCAUACCCUACUAAGGAUCUUCGAUGCCUACGGUCAACAGCUUUCUCCCAAGGCCUGGUGUUUAUGCUUGAAUCGUGUCUUAUUCCGAAUGCUCGAGCAAAUUGAGGCCACCUCUACUAGCAUAUUGAUCAAGGGUGGACGGGAUUCUGAGGCGAAAGCAUGGAUUGAGACUAUGGUUCUUGUGAUAAAAGGGAUUUGCGACCUUAUCACUAACUACUUUGAGACCAUCGCGAAGGAUGAUAGGUUUGACCAGUCCUGGGAGCUAUUGCUUGGUCACUUCCAAAAGCUGGCGAGCCGGCGCCUGUUGGCAUUCAGCCAGGCUGUCUUUUCGAGCCUGUCGAGCAUUCUUUUGCGGGCUCAGUCGCCCACCGGCCUAAGCACAAAGUCCUUGCAGUCAGCGUGGGCAGUUUGGUCCAAUGGACAUCCUACGGACAAGAAAGAAAUGCUCGACUUGGAUCAGCCUAAUCAAGAAGCUGCUAUUUCUUACUUGCAUAGUUUCCAGCAAAUAUAUCGGCUGUACAAGGACAACCUGACGAAACAAGACAUUGGAACCAUCUUGCAACACAUGAACCUGAUUGUACGGAACUCUAUAAUUCCGAAAUAUUCGCCUGACAUCGAUCGGCCAUCAGUUUUGCAGGUACUUGUCAUUGACUGUGUGCGGGUGAUGUGCCUAGAAAAGGACGACUCUCAAGGACAGAUCAUUCAAUGUCUAUCAGAAUUCACGGAUUAUGCUCUAACCAGGUGGUCUCCGGAAGAUGAUUCGAGAAAACCGACCUAUGUUGCUUUCUCCAAGAGUGCCAUGGAUCUUCUCAGUUGGUAUGUUGCUGAGUAUGGCAUUAAACAAGACAUAUUUGCGGACGGCUCUUUGUCCACUGCGUUGGAGCAUCUCGCAGCUCCGAUCAUUCAGAGGUAUGAAUGGCCUGGCAAGGAUAAAGAGCCCAGCAUUUGGCGAAAGUCAACUACAGCGCUGUUGAACAUCCUGCGCGUAGCGAUCCCUUAUGUCGAGAAGCAGUAUGGUACCGCAAGUGAAGCCGAAGUAUCUCGAUUCUGGAAAUGGGUAGCUGAAAUUGUAAAUGGCAUUGUAUCCGCGAGAGGGUACCGCACCGUACUCAUUCCCGGACCUGCUUUGCUGUCCGACGAGGCUUUCGACAUUGAUGCAUUUUUGGAACUGAAAUCCCUCAUCAUCCCAUCGAUCGGUGCACCAGUGAUCCAUGACGACAUCCGGCGCAGUUUUGCAUGCGCCCUACUCCACUCCUCCUUCAUCUACCUCCCGCAAAGACACGACCUGCCCGCCAAAUACCGUGAGGAUGGCUCACUUGAAGGCAUAUAUCACAUACGCCCAGGGCGGACCUUUGAGCCGCCGCCAACUACGCGAAGUAAAAUGGCAUACGCCGCACUCGAUACCCUAUUCGAACUUUCCUCUUCGCCGAGCCUAAGCCUGAAUAUUGAUGAAGAGGCUGUCAAAAGAACCUCCAUCGCGCGUUCCAUAUCACCAUACCUUAUCCUUCGCUGUGCCGUCUCCUUGAAGGGCUAUAUCGCGGAUCAGCCGCUGCGCGGACUCAUGCCUCAGCCCACCCCAGCGCGCAGAGCACUGUUGCAUCUUCUCCGUGGUAUGGUUGAGCUGCAAAGCGAACCAUCUACUAUCCCGCCACCGCCUAUGGCGAAUGGCUUGACGUGCAAUUCGAGCUGCAAGAAACACCUAGAGUGGAUUUAUCCGCUUGUUGUGCAGGCGGUGCAAGUGGCAGGUAAGGAACGGGGAGCCGGUGAGGUUUUACAUGCUCUUAGCGAAGUGCUAAGGGUUGUUGGGACUGCCUGAUUUAUACCAGUACAGUCUGAGAAGUGAAUAGACAU